AAAAAAAACAAACACGAAAAGGUCAUUCUCUUUGCCAAAAGCACAAACACGUCUUUCUCUGAAAAGCUAAACACAUGAAAAAUCACCAACUUUUUCAUCAUUCAACCAUAUACUCAAAUAACCCAUUUUCUCUCUUCUUAUAUACUCAUUAUAUACUACAAUAAACACAAAUCCUCCUUUCUUGAUCACUGUAUCCUGUUGGAAAGACCAAACAGAACUUACACAGUCCAAAAAAAAAAAAAAAAUCCUUUCUUUGGAUACCCACAUAGUAAUUACUUAUCUUUUAUAUAGUAAAAAGAACAGUUUUUUUUGCUGUUUCCAUUUGCCCCCUUUAGUUCUUGUAGAUGCUUGUAAAGGGUCUAAAUUAUUUCUUGGAAAUCUCAUAAAAUUUACUGUCAAAAUGGGUGUCCCUUGUUCAAAAUUCUCUUUUUGUUGCUUUCAUUCCAACUUUAAAUCAUCCCCUCAAGAUUUAUCUGAUCUAGAGAAUGGAGGUGAAAAUGGGAAAAAUGCAUUGCCAAGUUUUACUGAAUUCAGUUUAGAUGUGUUGAUGAUUGCAACUGAUGGAUUUUCAGCUGAUAAAAUAGUGUCUGAACAUGGAGAAAAAGCCCCAAAUGUUGUUUUUAAAGGGUUACUUGAAAAUGGUCAAUUGGUUGCUGUUAAACGUUUCAAUAGGUCUGCUUGGCCUGAUUCUCGCCAAUUCUUGGAUGAGGCUAAGGCAGUGGGGAAUCUGAGGAGCGAGAGACUGGCAAAUCUACUUGGAUGUUGCUGUGAAGGUGAACAAAGGUUGCUCGUAGCAGAGUUCAUGCCAAACGAGACCCUGGCGAAACAUUUAUUUCACUGGGACAGCCAACCUAUGAAGUGGGCAAUGAGGUUGAGGGUGGCUUUUUACUUAGCUCAAGCUAUAGAAUACUGCAGCAGUAAGGGUCGAGCAAUAUAUCAUGAUCUUAAUGCUUACAGAAUCUUAUUUGAUAAGGAUGGUGAUCCUAGGCUCUCUUGCUUUGGCCUCAUGAAGAACAGUAGAGAUGGAAAAAGUUACAGUACAAACUUAGCUUUCACUCCUCCAGAGUACAUGCGAACAGGAAGAGUGACCUCUGAAAGUGUAGUCUACAGCUUUGGAACAAUGUUGCUAGAUCUUUUGAGUGGAAAGCAUAUACCUCCAAGCCAUGCACUUGAUCUAAUUCGGGUGAAGAAUUUGACGAUGUUGAUGGAUUCUUGUUUGGAGGGUGAUUUUUCUAAUGAUGACGGAACCGAGCUAGUGCGGCUAGCCACCCGUUGUUUACAGUAUGAAGCACGUGAGAGGCCAAAUGCAAAAUCUCUUGUUAAUUCUCUUGUUACCAUUCAGAAGGAAACUGAGGUGCCAUCACAUGUUCUGCUGGGCAUUAGACAUGGAACUGCAACCCCACCCCAACCAUUGGUAUUGACAACAACUGGUGAAGCAUGUUUGAGAAGAGAUCUUACUGCCCUUCAUGAGAUAUUGCAAAAGACUGGGUACAAGGACGAUGAAGGAAUUGCCAAUGAGCUUUCUUUCCAAAUGUGGACAAAUCAGAUGCAGGAAACCUUGAAUUCUAAGCAGCAAGGAGAUGCUGCUUUCCGAGCCAAGGAUUUCAUAACUGCCAUUGAAUGCUAUACACAGUUCAAUGAUGGAGGGACCAUGGUGUCACCAACCAUCUAUGCCAGGCGCUGCUUGUGUUAUCUGAUGAGCGACAUGGCGCAAGAGGCUUUAGGGGAUGCAAUGCAAGCUCAGGUUAUAUCAUCCGAGUGGCCUACCGCCUUUUAUCUUCAGUCUGUUGCCCUUUUUAACCUUGGGAUGGAGAAUGAUGCCCAAGAAGCACUUAAAGAAGCCACAAAGUUGGAAGCAAAAAGGACCAAAAAUUAAAAAUAGUGUGUAGAUUUGCAUUUCAUGUUUUUUCAAGUUUCUUGUAUUUAAAGGGCAUAUGAUAGAAAGUUGUGGCUAUGUCUAUAGUUUAUUUCCUUUUACAUUGUUUUUGAUUUUGUGCUCACACCAUGUGAAGGCAUUGGAGAAUUAUAGAUUGUCCUCUGAUGCGCCUUUUGCCUUUUGUUCUUGAUUUGUUUAAUGGAAAUGGAAUCUCAACUUGCUUGA